AUGCUGGAUAGUAAAAAAACCACUGAAGUUUGGGAUAGAGUUGACGUUGGUCAUCUUGCUUUUGCUCUUCGCGAAUUCUUCCAUGCCGUUUAUGGAGUCUACCCUACAAAUUUCAUAUCAUAUCUCAGGAAUUACUUUGUUGAUAAAACUGGCGGGACUAAAAGAAGGGACAUCGCCACAUAUGUCAUUUGCCCACUCUUAGCUGGCGUACGACUGCAUCCCAACCUGAUUUUAGUUGGAAAAGAUAAAGAACUUUCGAAAGAGAGAUGGCACCAGCGUGAAUCUCACGAUUUUCUGGAUGACUGCCGUCGUGUGGUCAUUGGAAAAAUCCCGAUCAAUGCUGUGUAUGAUUGUUUCGACAUUUGUUCCGAAUCAGAUUCACCUCCUGCUGCUCCAAACGAAGUGUUUCCGCAGCUUUUCACUUCAUAUGCUUCAUCGACAUCGAGUGACUAUGCAUGGAGGGGUGAAGAUUCAGAAAACGACCUUCUAAAUGCACUCAAUACACCUCCGGGUGGUAGCGCUAGAACUUCCACACAAAAGAGAAGUGUUGCUGAAGAAGAGUGGGCGCCGAUAGUGAUUACCAGUGACGAGAAACGUCACCGAUCCGUGGAUGCGCCCAGCCGUUCACUCCGGAAUAGCAUUGGUUCUUUUUUCAAGAGGGAUCACGGUAGUGAUAAAGCAUCUAUAGGGUCCCACGCUGAUAGAGUCGUAGAGUAUGCACUUAGCACGUCAACAAGUCAAGAUAACGUUCAAGCUGAAGAAGCGGAAGAGGCAGUUGAAUGUUUAACACCAGUUUCGAAGCAGUCUCCUGAACGAUUAACUCUUGCUAAGAAUCGAGCGGAUCCUCAGAACGAGGGUCUACGCAUUGCACAAGCGGCCCAAGCUGUAGCGCUUGCUGUUCGCCGCGAACAUCACCCUGUAACACAGGAUCCAGAUGACGCUGUUGUUCGGUCUAGGUCUGCCUCGUUUCUGUUUGAUAGUCCUCACGCCGAGGACCGCGACAAGUCAAGCAUACAAGAGAAAAGCGAUGUGGGGACGGAACGCGGAGUGGCCAAAGGUGAUGCUGAAAAUGCGCACAACAGUGGAAACGGUGAAGGUCCACGCAAUCGAUUUUCUAUAGGUUCUUUCUUCACAAAAUUGAAUAGACAACGUUUUGCAAGUGAAUGCCAUCCCGUUCUACCAUCAACGACUGCUCAUCACUCUUAUGAACCUAUACUUGCUGAAGUUGCCGUCAAAGUACCCAAAGAAAACCUCUUGGAACGAUUUCCCUAUCUUAGGCUUGUGAGACCUUUGAGCGUUGAGCACUAUGCGGAGAUCGAGGCAAAUCUUGAAAACGAUCACGAACUUCGGAGAAGUGCAUACAUGGAAAAGAGUAAGGAGUUCCAUUAUUGUCUGAGAGAGAUGGGUCUGGCCGAUCGUCUUCCUGGCCGAAUAUACGAUGACAUGAUACAUAUAACGAGCGGACUUCCUAUGGAAAAACAACGUGACAUUUUGCGAGCUCGACUUCGUCUCGUCAAUCAACAUUUACUGUAUGAGCGAAGUUGCCGUCUUCUUCAUGCCAAUCGGAAUCGAAGGCUUUUCGGUAGAAUCAAGCAGCAAAAGGUAGCGGAAGCAGAAAUGGAACAGCUCAAGGAAAAUCUGCAUGUGGUAAAUGGUGAAAGAAAGGAGCUGAUAGCGGCGUUGUCUGGAAUCCGACGUUUCUUAGAUGAUGAAAAGAGAAGUCGCUCUACUGCUGAAGCGGAAGCGACGGAGAAAAUGAAGGAGUUAGAAUCAGCGUGCAGCGCGUUGAAUGAAAAACUACAAGAAGUACAAUUUCGGAGCAACCUAGUGGAAGAAGAAGCGAAGAACUGGAAGUUACAGAUAGACCAGUAUCGGAGAAGGGCGGACGAUGCAGAAGAACAAGUUCGUUUACUUCGUCAGCAACUACCUCCUGUAGAGUCGCUUAUGGCUGAAUUGAUAAAGACUCAGUCAGUUAAUCAACAACUUCGUGAUCAAAUACGCAUGCUUGAGUCUCGAACCGAAGAGGGAGGUCCCUACCUUCGCCUUAUGCCAAGAAAUGGAAGAAGGGAGCGCAACCUAGUUCAGGAUAUGGAGCGAGUACAAUCAGAUUUGAUCAACGAGCACAAUACAUCAGAAGAGUACAGAUCUGAUAUCUAUGUCCCUCGCGAUGUGAUCUGCGGCUUAAGUCCCAAUGAGCUUCGUUCUAGCGAAGAAGAAGUAGGUAUAGACCUAGAGGAAACGGUUUGA